AUGGCGCCAAACCCUAUUAUUAUUUCCCGCAAACCGGUACCCAGGUCUGCACAGCCAAAUGCUCGCGACUCAUCAUCAUCGUCGUCGUCGUCGUCGCCGUCGUCAUCACCAAGGCGUGACGGCGACAACUCAGGCCACGUCAACACUCUCUUGGCCACCUCACUCGUAAUCAUACUCGUCGCAAACCUGUCAUGGGCACGCCGCUGGCUAUUGUCAGGCGCAGCCAUCGAGUCGCUUCUCGUCAUCUAUGCCAACGGCCAUCGCAAUAGGAUUCUGCCGACGGUACCCUUGUGGACACUGCUCUCUACCCUUAAUCUCAUCUAUGCAAUCUGCUCUACUUCAUGGCUGCUUCAUGCCUUGUUUGCAGUCACUUGCUAUGUCGCUGUCCUGCUCACCAGUCUGGCGCAGUUCCCUACUGUCGGCACUGUCUGUCGUAAAGUCUUAAGGAGAACCCUGGGACAAGAUCCUCACUUUAUUAGAGACCAGCUGGCCUUAUUCAACCUGCCGGCCCUGGAGAUUGACACGGAAGUGAAUGGCCUGUUUGUGAUUAGGGGUGUCACGAUCAGUUUCUCGUCUCUCACCAUUAUCGCCCACGGCAUAGAAGUUGGAAUCAAGCUGACCAAGGAUAUUGAACUGGCCAUUUGCGUUGAUCAAGUCGUCGUGAGCCUUUUUCGCCGCAUCGAAAUCGGAGACGUGUUCGCCAAUGUCAAGGGCGGCCAGUUCGAGAUGACAUUUGGCGAAGUCGACGAGGACGCCGUGGAUGAUAAUGUCAGUGUCGACAGCAUCUUUCUCGGUGAUACGCCAUUGCUACGGGCAGCCACCGCUGGGUCUGGAAGUUUCAAGGACCGUCCAAAACUCAGAUCAUCUCUCACCGGCGCUAGCUUCAUGCGUGACACAUCGGCACAGGAUGGGUAUCAGAGCAUGACCAAGCUAUCCCCCGACGAUGAACUUGCCGACAAGGAGUACCGGAAAAGGCUUGCAGAUAUUCGCACCUCUAGCACCAUCUACCAAUCCCGCCAGCAAGCCCUGAAGAGAGCUCUUGAGGAUCCAGAUGUCAAGCUCAACAACGACAACGAUAUACGAGCGGCCGUGUCGGCGGAACUACACGGCUUCCCAUCCAUUGCACACCCCCCUUUACGCUCGGUACGGGUCACCACGCUCCAGACUCUAUCCCCGCCAUACAUGCGCCGAUUCAUGCAUCGUCUCCCUUUUCUUCUGAGGCUUCUCUUGGCACCUCUCAGCUACUUUCAUCCGAUCAGCUUUGCAUCUAUCAACGCAGCUGGCUCUGGACAGUGGCUGUCGGAGCUUCUGAAGCAGGAAAUCUUCAAACAAUACAUGGAGACAAGCUCUGAGCUCCGAAGGCUCCAUCGAAGAGUCUCGACUUGGCUGGCCGAUGCCACAUUCUGCCUGCAGCUGACCGACAUUGAUGCUCUAGGGUCCGUUCCCCUGAGCUCAGCAUUUGACAUUGUUGCAUACCUAAAGUUUGACGACGUCAUGGCUUAUCGAACGACACAGCCAUCUGGCGCUGUAACUCAGGUGGUUCGUCUGGGUGGCGCCGACGCCACUUUCACCAUCCCUUCCUUCCUGCUACCCCACCAUGAACAUCUACUACCUCCAAAGCCUGCGCCAUCCGACGAAGAGAGGCUCAAGGUCGAGGUGGCCGAGGCAGACGGAGUACCCAAAACAACCCAGGCAAAGAAUGAUCUCGACAAGGCACAAAAGGAUGAAUCGUCCAUUGCCAUGAGUGUCCACGCCAGCCUGCCGGCAACUUUUGACCAAACUCUGUUGAACUUCAUUGCCGCACUUGUCAAGGCAACCAAGAUUGUAGAGAUUGAAAAGGAGAUUGCUGAAGUCGAACAGAGGCGCGGACGGAGCAAUACCAAUAACAGCCUCCCAAACUCGCCAGACUCGGACACGGAGAGUGUUCUGUCAGAAAGUCCGACAAAACCCAAACUCGGCUUCAAGGAGGUGGCUGGAUUCAAGGUCAUGGCGCAUAACAUCAGACAGAAUCUAAAAGACGGUUCGUACAACACUUCAAUCAAGGAGUUCGCCAAGGAACUGCACCAGAACACCAAGGACGGUAUGAAGAAGGCCGUCGUGGGUGGGCUCGUGAACGAUCGCUGGAUCGCCAAAAUCGUCGGUAAGACGGCUGCCGCACUGCAGAAGGCACAAGGUGACGUUGGUUAUAGCGGGGGUAUUCCGAUUCCCCUGGAACCAUACCGAGGGCCAGAAGACCUUCCAUCGAAGCUACUACCAUAA